AUGUCGUCGGCUGCCCUGCAAACGGCCCCCCAUCAACACACCGCUCUGGCCUCGUCUCCCUUGGCCACACCGUCCAGCCGCCAGUACAGGUCCUCGCACUCAUCCCCUUCUGGCCAGGCGUACAAUGCCCAGCAGACCGCGACCGCUUCUCCAUCUUCGCGACGACCUCCUUCACGCAAAACGAGCGACAGUGCACCUUCACCUGCUUAUCAUCUAGGUCCCGGUUUUGGUUCUCCCGUCACCGCUCCCUCAGCGCCCAACGAACAGGAGCCGUCCGCCUCUGAUCGGCACGGCAACAUGCCUCCCGUUGCUCCUCCAAGGACUUCGUCCAACAACCAGAGCGGCGGUUCGCGAAGGACACAAUACUCCAAUGAGAAGAUGACCAACUCCCCUCGACGAGGACAAAACGAUGCAUUUCGAUCCGGUUCCCAUGGUGAUCACGGCGCUGCCGCAGAAAAUGGACACCGAAGCAGCAAGGCUGACGCCGCUGCCCGAGCCGCCAGCAGAGAUGGCAAGAACGCCACGACCGCGAUUCCCAUCCGAUCCGCCCACAGUACGCCCUCGAGACCUGUCCACGAAGCCACUGACAACCUAACCAAAGCCAUUGCAGCUGCCCAAGAUCCAAAUGGCAGGGAUCGGAAUCAUGCCACAAACCAGGACGACGACGAUGCUGCGCCGCCUCCUGUAGUCGCGACUGGCGACCACAACGAGGAACGACGAGGGCAACGGAGUCGUCACGAUCACAGCCGAAGCAACAAGGGCACUACGAAAUUUGGCGACUUUAUCCUGGGAAACACCAUCGGCGAGGGAGAGUUUGGCAAGGUCAAGCUAGGCUGGAAGCAAGACAGCAGCGUUCAGGUUGCUAUUAAGCUUAUUAAAAGGGACAGUGUUGGCAGUAACCCGUCUCGAUUCGCCAAGAUCUACCGAGAAGUUGCCAUUCUGCGUGGUGUCCAGCACCCUAAUAUCGUGCGCCUGAUCGACAAGGUCGAGACAGAGAGACACAUUGGUAUCAUUCUCGAGUAUGCAUCUGGAGGCGAGCUGUUCGACUACAUCCUUAACCACCGAUACCUGAAAGACAAUGCGGCCCGCCGUUUGUUUGCCCAACUUGUCUCGGGUGUCGGCUACCUUCACAAGAAGGGAAUUGUUCACCGAGAUCUGAAACUGGAGAACCUGCUCCUGGAUCGCAACCGCAACAUCAUUAUUACCGACUUUGGCUUUGCCAAUACUUUCGAUGCGAAUGAGGAUCUCACCGAGGAGGAGGAGCUCAAUCUCACCGACAGGGAAUUCGUGAAACGAAUGGGCCUGGACCGCGUCAAGCGCAACGGAACCAGGAAGGGUGAUCUCAUGCAGACAAGUUGCGGUAGCCCUUGCUACGCAGCUCCCGAGCUUGUUGUCAGCGACUCCCUCUACACCGGACGCAAGGUGGAUGUCUGGAGUUGUGGUGUCAUUCUGUACGCGAUGCUCGCUGGCUACCUCCCCUUCGAUGACGAUCCCGCCAACCCUGAAGGCGACAACAUUAACCUUCUCUACAAGUAUAUCGUGACUACUCCUCUGACGUUCCCCGAGUAUGUCACCCCACACGCUCGAGAUCUCCUUCGCCGUAUCCUCGUUCCCAACCCCCGUAAGAGGGCGGACCUCUUCGAAGUGGCUCGACACAGCUGGCUCAGCGAAUAUGCGAACCUAGUGGAGUUCAUCACCAGCUCGACGACAUUACCUUCCGAUGUUCCGAAUUCUGGCUCCGGUGCACCGGACGAUUAUGCAGAGGCUCCGACUAUCGCCAGAAGCUCGUCGGUCCGCGAGGCCGCCAAGCACAAGCAGUCUCAUCCUCCCGUUGUUGGAGGACUGGCCAAGACCCACGGAAACAUCGACCCCGAGUCCGAGUCUGGGCACCGCACGCCCAAGGAUGCCAAGCGACGGACUGUUCAGGUCGAGUACGUGGCUCCCACCACGCAGACACAGCGUGGCGCCGAUGCCGCGCCCGCCAAACCCAGCUCUCGAUCUCUUACACAGGCGCCCGCCCCCGAGGUCUCUACUGAGAAGCCACUACCUCGAGAGCCUCCAGUGGCAAAGGAGAUUGCGGCCCGGGCAACACAGUCCAGGCGGCCUCAGAGCGCUCACAAGAACGCUGCUGCCGCUCCCGCGAGACCGAGCCGCGACACUCGCGCCACCUCGGACAACGCGUUCAUGACUGGAAUUAGUGCCACAGCCAGGCCACAGACUGGUGGCUCUAUGAAGUCCUCCGCUUCUAUGGGUCUGCAAUCUCGCACCACCUACGGACAACCGGUGCCCCCAACACUUGCCGACACCAAUGCUCAGGGCCGAAUCCAUCAGCCUUCGAACCCAGAGGACGAGGAGAACGUGGCCAAGACAGUUGGAAGCGUUCCUCCCAAGGUUAUGAAGAUGUCGGCCUUCCAGAAUGAGACGAAGCGUGAAGGAAGGGGCCACAAGCGGUCCAACACUCUUGGCGAUCUUGGCAACAAGAUUAUGGGCCGCAGCGGAUCUAUCUUUGGAGGUCGUGGUAAGAAGCGAUCGGAACAGCCCGCCGACAAGUCAAGAAAGUACCCUCCCGUCAGCUUGUCCAACACCAAUAUGCCUGGUGAGGAAGCUGGCCCCAGACCCUCGGUUGAUUCAAGAGCAUCUCGACGAUCCUUUUCUCUUGGACUUGGCAAGAAGCGCAGUGGCAGCAUCCACGGCUCCCAAGGUUCAGGUGAGAAGCCGGAGCGUCGGCGAUUCUCUCUGGUGCCACCAGCUCUGUCUUCUAAACUGGGUCUUGGUGGUGGUAAGGACCAUGGAAGCGUAACAGCCUCGGAGGCUGAGUCGCAACAGGACCUGCCUAUCCAGAACCCCCGAAACGAGCAGAUCCGUGGAUACAGCGCCCAUGACGAGCCUCGACACAGCGAGCCUUACUUUGACGCCCCUUACGAGCAGGUCCCCGCCCAAGACACUGCUCACUCGAGCCCCGUCUACCAUCACCGCUACGGAUCUACAACACAGGAUGCCAGAAGGCCCAGCGCCAUCCCACCCUACAUGCAGGCCGGUGCUCAUCUAAACACGGGGUCUGAGUCGUCAGUGGAUAUGCGCCGCCCACCGACGGAACCACGAUCUCGACCUUACCAGGCCGACUUUUCGGAAUCCGAAACCUUCGAUGGACGCGCGGGUAGCAGCCGUGGAGAGCGUGGCGGGGUACUUCACAAGAACCACAAGCGAUUCGCCGACGCCUACGAGGGGGCCGAUUACCGAGGACACGAAGGGAGCAGCGGAGCCGCGAAGCGAGUCAUGGACUUCUUCAGGAGGCGCGGAAAGGCUCGAGGUGGCGAAGAGCGGUCGCACAGAUCCCCGGCGUGUCGCUUGCACCUCUCGGCGUAUAGCUGCGUCGGAAUGGCUGUGCUGCCCGUCUCAUCCGAUACCUGGCUGAAGGCUACAGCGUAUCGACUGAGGAGCCCGGUCACAUUUCUUGCGGCGAUCACUAGGAACGUCUCGUCAGGCUCUCAUCCAACAGCUGUAAGUCCCAGAAACGUACCGGCAGGCUACGCAGGCGGACAGAGGUCUCAUCGUUGUAGAGUAUCAGAUGCAUGGAUGGCGAGUGAGUGGAGAACUCGGGGUAAUUCGAACAACGAGAUGGAGAUGGGGCCGAGCCCACGGCCGGGCCGCUCAGAGCGCCAUGUUCGAAUCCGGCCGGCUUAUUCAAUAUUCGGCUCGGAUUUGCGUUUAAUAGACAGACAGAUCCUGUACUCUCGUGCACAUUUCAAGAUAAAAGCCUGUUCGAUGAAGGAAGCCUCCUCUGAAUCCCCCAAUAUAGAUGGCAGUCGCUCUGGUGCACAACCCGCAGCGCAUGGAUUCUUGCCUCCUUCAUCCACGGCUCCUGAAGGCGGAAACACUCUUGGCUUGAGCCAGCAGCCUCACCGCAACGACUUUGACGAAAAGACUCGAUCGGAUAACCUCCAUGGCCUCAAGAUGCCCCCUGGGCACAUCCCAUCUCAUACAUCUUCUCAGGCUCCACGGUCGGGGUCUGUCGUAGAGCCGACACCCAAGGCCGGGGAGCCAUCUGAAGAAAACACAAAUACCGCCAAAAAGGGCACCCUUAUCGACGAGAUCCGCCGCAAUGCCUGGCUGGCCGUCACUUACAGCUGGCUUAAUGUCCUGCUCAUCUUUGUACCCGUCGGCAUUGCCGUCUCCCAGGUUGACGGCAUCCAUGGCGGUGUCGUCUUUGCCAUGAAUGCCAUUGCUAUCAUCCCUCUCGCCGGACUACUUGCUUUUGCAACCGAGUCUGUGGCGCAGAAGAUGGGAGAUGCUCUUGGCGCACUGCUGAACGUCACGUUCGGUAAUGCUGUUGAACUGAUCAUCUUCAUCGCUCUGGUCAAGAAUGAGAUUCGAAUUGUCCAGGCUUCCCUCUUGGGUUCGAUCUUGGCCAACCUACUGCUUAUCCUUGGCAUGGGUUUCUUCCUUGGUGGUCUACGCUACCGAGAGCAGAUUUACAACAGCACGGUCACACAGAUGAGUGCUUGUUUGCUCAGUCUCAGUGUCAUCAGCUUGGUUUUGCCCACAGCUUUCCAUGCGUCAUUCAAUGACCCAAAGCUUGCUGAUGCCCAAUCUCUCAAGAUUAGUCGCGGAACGAGUGUGAUCCUCCUUCUCGUCUAUAUCAUCUACCUCCUGUUCCAACUCAAGUCUCACGCCUAUAUGUAUGAGUCUACACCUCAGCACAUUGUCGAUGCUGAAUCGACCCCUGGUCCUGCUGCUGGUUGGUUGGAUUCGUCUAGCUCGGACGACAGCUCAUCAUCCAGCUCAGACUCUUCUGACUCUGACUCCUCCCACGGUACCGUCCGCAAGAGGAUGAAGAAGGUUCUUCGUGGUGGACGCCGUCGAAGAUCUAGCAACGCUUCCGCCGACACUGCCAACACCAGAGCCACUCACGCAGGUUCUUUCACCACUACCAACACUACCCCUGGUGAAGAGGUUUCUGAACCAUCAGCUUCCAGGCACCGGAUCCCCCGAUUCCCUUCUUAUGAAGGGAGUGAGCAAGCCGUCGACGAAGAAGAGGAGCCACGUCGUUCUCACAGGCGUCGUCGCCAUCGCCGACAUAGACACCGUAAGAACAAGAGGCACGAUCACGACGCUGAAAAGGGUGGUGAUGGAACGCAAUCAUGGAACAAGCAGCCCGAGGCUGGUGCGCAAAAUCGCGGUGAGGGUGAACCUCGCCGUGUCGAUUUCGCUGUUCAGAACGAGGCAGAACCCAGCUCAUCAACUGGUGACCGAAGACCCUUCCCCCUUAGAGGAAUCUCCGUCAAGAACCUGGCACCCACUGUCUUCACUGAGAAGCCAGAGCCAGGUGUUUUGCCUCCCGCCCCUUCUGGUCCUGUUCCCCGCGUUCGCUAUGGUAUCCGCCGUACCAACUCACUUCCUGACCGCCUGGGUCAGCAGUUCCGCCCUCCCGGUGCCAUGCUGCCAUCCCAGGUUCCGUUAAUGGCCUUGAAUGCCGCUGGCGCUCAGAAAGCUGAUCGGGAGGAUGAUGAAGAGCAUCUUUCCCAGAUCGGCUCGGUUGUUCUUCUCCUCCUCUCUACGGCUCUGGUUGCGGUUUGUGCUGAGUUCCUGGUUGACUCUAUUGAGGAGGUCGUGAGCACCUCAUCGGUGGGAGAAAUCUUCAUCGGUCUCAUCAUCCUGCCCAUUGUGGGCAACGCUGCGGAACACGUCACAGCCAUCACAGUGGCUAUGAAGAACAAGAUGGAUCUGGCUAUUGGUGUGGCUGUUGGCAGCUCGAUCCAAAUCGCCAUCUUCAUCACCCCACUGGUUGUUAUUCUCGGCUGGAUCAUGGACCGCGAAAUGACAUUGUACUUUACGCUGUUUGAGACUGUUUGUCUCUUUGUGUCGGCGUUUAUUGUCAACUUCCUGGUCCUUGAUGGCAGAAGCAACUACCUUGAGGGUGCCCUGCUCUGUGCGGUGUAUAUCAUCAUCAGUGUAGUGGCAUUCUUUUAUCCUGAUGAGAACGAGGCUAGUGCUUGGGGCAGCUAA